GACUAUAUCCCAAGGGACUUCCUCAACCAGUGUUCUAAACUGGUUGAAGUCUGUCCUUUGGAAGACCAUGAGGGAAAUUACUUUUACCUUUUGUUUUCCUGUUUGUUUUUUUUUUUUCCUGAGGUUGAUGAUAAUGUUACCAGGCAUUUGGAUAGAGUGUUAAAGAGAGAAGACUGGGAUCUCCUAAUACUGCAUUACCUGGGAUUGGACCAUAUUGGACACAUGACUGGGCCAAACAGCCCAUUAGUGGGACCAAAGCUUCGUGAAAUGGAUAACAUCUUGAAGAAGAUCCAUAUUUCUCUUCUUUUAAACGAAGAACCUUCUCUGCCCAAUUUGCUUGUUGUUUGUGGGGAUCAUGGGAUGUCUGAAACAGGUAGUCAUGGUGGUUCUUCAGAAGGAGAAGUGCACACACCACUACUGUUUAUCAGCUCAGCUUUUGAAAAGAGAAGUGGUCCUCUAACCCAACCUGAACUUGUGCAACAAACUGAUUUAGCAAGCACACUGGCAGUAGGUCUUGGUCUACCAAUUUCAAGAAACAGUGUUGGGAACCUUAUAUUGCCCGUUGUGGGAGGCAAGACAAUGAGAGAACAACUACGUUUUAUGCACUUGAAUGGGUUCCAGCUUAGCAGACUGCUGCAAGAGAAUACACCUGCAUAUGAAAAAGAUCCUGGAUAUGAACAUUUUAAGAUAGCAGAGAAGUCCCAUGGUAAUUGGAUCAAAUUGUAUUUAGAGGGGAAUAAUUCAGAAAUACUCUUAAAUAUUGGCAGAAAGGUCCUGAAGCAAUAUUUGGAGGCCCUGAAGACUCUCAGUUCUUCACUAAGCAAACAAGUGGCACAAUAUGACAUGUAUUCGAUGAUGGUGGGGACUGUGAUCAUUAUGGAGGUUCUGCUGCUGCUUUUGCUCCACGUUCCGAAAGCCCUGAGCAGCCGGGCAGAAUUUGAAGUGCCUCUCUCCCCUCCACUGUUCUCUCUGCUGUUUUACUUGAUGUGUUUGACGCUGUGUGCAGUUCACGUCAUUGUAUGCACAUCGACAGAAAGUUUGUGCUAUUUCUGCAGUAUGUCCUGGCUAACAGCAGUUGGAGUGAUGAUGCUGAUCUCUGCUCUCAUGUGCGGUAUUUUAUCUGCCAUUGCAAAGAUCCUUGAGAAUUCCAGACUUCCACGGAAG